AAACUGUUAAUGUCAAACACCAUGUAGACGUCUCGAAAAUGAAAGUUGUGAAGCCGGUUUAAGAUGGAAAGUCCCAUAUUGUAAGAAUAAAUUAAUGUAAAACGGAAAAGCAGAUAUCAUCAACAUAAGGAGACACAUCUUUCUCGAAUCGUUCAAACCACAAGCUAAGUUUUUCCCAAAACUGGGGGAAAAUGGUCAUUAAAACAUUUCUGUGUUGCUUUAGUAUCUACGAAGGAUCAUGGGUCUGUGGAUUAUGCAGCUUGUUCAUCGGGACGGCAAGAGUUUAUCUUGAGGAGUUUAAUCUAAAGUUUCGCCAGCGGAUGACAUUGGAUACGAGAAACCAGCUGCGUAUCAACUUUAAAACUCUCCAGCUCAUAACAAUCCUUCAGUUGUCAGUGGCAGCGGUGUCCAUUUUAGUGUCACUAUUGAUGAUGUUUGGCCUACUUAAGCGCCUGAAGUGGCUACUGUGUCCCUGGUUGGUGUGGGUCUUGAUUGAGGAGCUUUCCUCCAUCUUUGUGAUCAUUUUUUAUGCGCUUUCCGAUGUCAAGCUGAAAUGUUCCGUCUACAUAUCGGAGGCAAUCACACUUGUCAUCGCUGUGUAUUUCAUGAUGUGUGUUUUCUCCUAUUUCAAAUUUCUGAGACAACAAGACAUCAUCACUGAUCAGUACCACGCAGCAGCCCAGCUCAAUUACGAACAGAGAGUUGAUGAAGAAAGCCCUGUUCUUAGCAGACCUAUCUAAUGAGGACCACGAAACACAACAAGUUCAUGUGGAAAAUCAAGAUGACUUUUAUCCAGCCUACAAUUUGUUCAAUUGAUGUGAAUCAAGAUUCAUAAAAUAAAAUAAUACAAUUAUCAAAAAGGUUCAAAUUCUCAGAGCUCAGGAAUUUUAAAAUAAAUUUUAGGCAGCCUGAACACAGACUAAUUAAUUUUAUUUUAUUAUACCAAAUUUUCAUGAGGAGAAUGACACAAAUGAAGUUCUGGCCAGUAUUGGCAUUCUCUAUUAACCCUUUAACUCCCAAGAUCUCAUUAGUAAUUCUCCUUACUGUCAGCCAUAUAGUUCUUGUGAUGUUAGUUUGAGGAAUCUGGUAUUGAAUCAACUAAUAAUCCGCUCAUUAAGAUUUUUCUUUAUUCUCAUCACUUGUCUUCUUGAAAUUGUAUUGAUAUUGAAAGGAGAAAUUCUGUCUUGGUCACUCAUGAGAGUUAAAGGGUUAAAAUUCAAUAUUACAACUAAGCUGUGAACUAUGACAUCCACUAGCUUUAGUUUAGGCUUGGGUUAUUCCCUUUAAAAUCUAAAACUAUCACUGCUAAAGUAAAACAGAUACAAAUAGUUAAAUUACAAAUAGUUGAACCAUUCAAUAAAACCCCAAAAUGUUUAUUAGCAUUAAAGGGGGGAAAUAACAUAGGACUGGCAUAGUAAGUUUUUCACAACAAAAUUGUUAACUUGAGCAGAAAAGAGAAAUAAUUUAAUGAUUACUACUCAACAUAAUUUGGCUGGUUACUCCACAAAGUGGAAUGCAAUAAAACAAGAUCUUUAUGUUUCAUUGAAGAGUAAAACACAAAAGUCAAAUAAAAUUA